CGUUUCCAGCUUCUUUUUUCGCACAUAUCAUAACAAAGACUACUAAUAACUAGUAUAAUUGCUUACGAAACGUGACGUGCAAAAAAUCUUAAUGAAAACAGCGAAUUUCCUAGAUUACAUCUUUUAUGCACGUUUAUUAUAACCAGCAAGAAACAAUGCUCGUGCUAGUAGAAUUAAUACACAAUAAUUAAUAUGAAGAUAUCUUACGUUUACUAUGUCCAACUGUUCGCGUGGUUUGCGUAUUGUGAUGAAGAACAUUAUCCAACGAAGUACGACUCAAUCGAUUUUAUGGAAGUGUUGGAAAACGACAGACUAAUAAUCUUAUACUUGCAGUGCAUAUUGAGUGAAGGACCUUGUCCACCACUUGGACGAUUAAUGAAAGAAAUCCUACCAGAAGCAGUCGCAACAAACUGCAGAAAAUGUUCGAGCAUCCAAAAACGUCUAAUAAGAAUGUCGUCUGUCGUCCUAAGAGAAAGGUUCCCUGAAUACUGGGAGAAGCUCUCAGAUAAAUUCGAUCCGGAUAGGAUUUACCUUAAAUCGUUUCUUGCAUUUUUGGACUCGGACGAUUAAUCACUUCGUGGAAAUGUUUUAGUUGUACUUUGUAAUGUUUUUUUAAGUGGCAGUACACGAAGGUUGAAUGUAAAUUAUAAGAUAUAUGUAAGUAAGUACACUAUUCCACAACAUUAAACAAUUUUAUGGAUCAA